CAAAACAAGAAGAGGAGAAAGAACAACAACCCACACCAAGAAUCACCAAUACAAAUAGUAUACCCAUUUCUCUCUCACUAUGUCUAGUUUUCUCUCUCUAGGGUUUUAAUGAUCAAGAUUGAGUUAAGUUAAAAGGAAUGAUAUGAUGCACACAUAGAGAGCUAGCUUUUUUCUUUCUUUCAUAGAAGUUGGGUAGCCAGAGGUGAGAGAGAAGAGAUCAGCUUAUACCCAAGAGAAGAAAUUAAGGGGAGAGAUAGAUAAUAAUGGGCAGAGGGAGAGUGGAGCUUAAGAGGAUAGAGAACAAGAUAAACAGACAGGUCACAUUUGCAAAGAGGAGAAAUGGGCUGCUCAAGAAAGCUUAUGAGCUUUCUGUGCUCUGUGAUGCUGAGGUGGCACUCAUCAUCUUCUCCAACAGGGGAAAGCUCUAUGAGUUCUCUAGUACCUCCAACAUGCUCAAAACUCUUGAAAGGUAUCAGAAAUGCAGUUAUGGUACACUGGAAGUUAAUCGACCAAACAAAGACAAUGAGCAAAGUAGCUACAAGGAGUAUUUAAAACUGAAAGGCAAAUAUGAGUCGCUGCAACGAUACCAGAGACACCUUCUUGGUGAAGACUUGGGGCCCCUGAAUAUAGAUGAGAUUGAGCACCUUGAACAUCAACUAGAUACAUCACUGAAGCAUAUUAGGUCUACUAGGACACAGAUGAUGCUUGACCAGCUCUCUGAUCUUCAAACAAAGGAGAAGCUGUGGUUGGAGGCUAAUAAAACCCUUGAAUCAAAGCUUGAAGAAUUUUAUGUAGAUAAUAACCUUCAACAGCCAUGGGGGCCUGGAGAGCAAAGUGGUGCAUACAGCCAGCAGCAUGCUGAUCAGACUCAUGGUUUCUUCCAACCCCUGGAGUGUGAUUCCACUUUGCAUAUCGGGUUUAAUCCGGUGGCUACUUCAAGCCAAAUAACAGCAGCCACUAAUGCACAGAAUGUGAAUGCUGUGCUCCCUGGUUGGAUGCUUUGAUAUGCAGAUUCUUGAUGGUUUUCAGAAAGGGAUGGCAUAUAAACACUUUCUUCAAUUCCCCAGUACUGUGUAAAAAUCUCAACAAUAAUAAGCAAAUGCAUGCUGCACUGACUUCAAUCUUGGAAGACUGUUCUCAGCUUUUAUAUAUAUAUUUGGAACACUACUUUUAAAUAUAUAUUGGUAGUAUGAAACAGCAGACUAGUAAUUAUGUUUGAUAUAUGCUGCACUUUAAAGGAUUAUAUUUCAUCUUCACCAAUUCUUGUGCUUUAA